UACACCUUUAUUGCCCUACAAUUCACUUAACUAAAAUAUUACUGUGAGAUAUGAUGACAUUAUUUUGUGUGUGCUGUGUUGCUUAGUUAACAACAUUAUUUUAUAUAAAACAGAUAAUGUAAAUUGUGCUUGUGUCUGUGUCUGAUACUGUAAGUUGCCUACAACCAAAGAGCAGAGUUGAAGUAGGAGGAUAUUUAGGACCUAGUUGGAGGGCCAGACUUCUGUGAACCAUCUGCUUUUUUCUCUUCUGUUUAGGUGAAGGACAGAGUAAACUGUGGUAAACUGUAAACUGAUACAAAGUGAAGUGCAUAAGUAUACUUGCCUGAGCCAGUGCUGGUCCUACCUGAAGAGAUUAAGCUGUACAAAAAGAUAGGAGGCUAAGCACAGAGGUUGAAGUAGCAAGUAGGGUAUGAGGAAAAGCUCAAGAGCUUCAUAUGCAGUUAUUGGGUAGUAGGGAGGAUCUUAAUACAGUCUUCUCCCAUCAAGAGGUGCUUGACGACUUCUGUUUGUGUAUUAUGUUUUGCACAGAUCCUUUUGCGUGAAUUGUGUAACAGAGAAUGUACUUGUGAACUUAAUGCAUUGAGUAACAGGGAAUGUACUUGUGAACUUAACAGUUUAUUUUUACCAAGAUGCCUGAGUUUUGCAGGCACUAGAACGUAACUCAUAAAGUACACCCGUAGAUCUGUUCCUCUGCUGCUCAUGGCCAAAGAAACAGAGGCUUUCUCCCAAAAUUUUUGUUUCUAGUUAGGACCAUCAUUGGUCUGUUUGAUGGAAGAUUGAAGGUCUGAAGGCAGUAUAAGUGGGUUUUCCCUUGAUGGUGAUACAGAACCACAUAAUAAUGUAGUUGGUUGGGCUCUCUUGUCAUUUAGUCCAACUUGUCUCUUGAAGGUAACAUUGAACUUAGAUCAGGUUGUCAGGGUCACAUUGAGUUAAGUUUUUAAUUUCCUCAGGAAUGGAAAUUCCAUACAUUGCUAACUUGUCAUCUUAGGGCCCAGCAAGCCUUAGAACCUUUGAAACGAGCAGGUACCGUAAGGCCUCUGUAAGAUCAGAACUUGCAUUUAAAUUAAAGAUCUCUGAGCUCCUGAACAGGAAAAGCUGCUCUUUGUCUAGAUCUCAAGAGCUGAAUACAGUUGACAUAGAUCCUGUAGGCAGGUUUAUGGGCUGCUGAAAAGCAGGCAGUGAAAUGUCUGGUCUUCACCCAAGUAUUCAUCUGCAUUGUUUCUGUUAAAAUCCUGGGAAAAGCAGGACACUUACUGUAACGCUGGAUUAGAACAGUGCAGUUCCUGUGGGAUUAGACCAUUUCACAUCCACGCUGCUGCACCUCUGAGACCGCAGAAAUGAGGCCUUUUCAAAUCCUCUUUCACCGAUUUUGGCAGUGCUGAAAAUGUGGCCUCUCCCUGACUUUUCCUCCUUCAAAUGUGAAAUAAAGCAUAAGUGAGCAUUUGUUCCUGUCUAUCAACACUCAUGUUUAGAUUAAAUUGGGAUUUAAACAAGAUACACUUUGUUUGACUAAGAGAAAACAUCAGUAAAGCAAAGAAGUAAAAUAAAACACCUGUUACAGUCACUUUUAGGAGGACCAGAACUAUUCAUAGGUGUCUCCAGCUCAUGCAGUUAGACUGAAGACUGGCAAAUGUUGUGAAUCUUUUUAUGGGAUUAUGGGAAUUGAAGAUGCACCUAGGGUGAUAUUUUAAUGCAGGCAUUAAAAUGCAGAUUUGGUCAUUUGGCAUGUCAAUCUUUCUGUGCCUUUGCUUUUUAUUUCCUUCUUUCUGUCUCUCUUCCAGCAUAUGGCAAGCUUCCCAGGAAGAAGACUGUUUUCUCCUGAAAUGCUUUUGUCUCCUUUCCAAGGAGGAACUUGCUUUACUGUAGCUUAAUUUAUUUUUAUUUCUGCAGAUAUCCUCUCAUGUAAUUGUCUGAGUGGGUUAGGUACAAGUUAGUUUUGGAUAUGAUUGUAUAUAUUCUUUGGACCAGUUUUAAUUUCAGGCUGCUUGUGUGUGUAUCAAUGUGGGGUCUGUGUUUUAAUGCCCAACCAGUCUCUGAGCAGAGGCCCUGUCCUGGCCAACCUCGCUCCCAGUUUAAUUGCUGAGCAUGAUGGCAUAUGGUAUGGAAUAUACCUUUGGUCAGUCAGGCUCAGCUCUCCCAACUGUGUUGCCUCCCAGCUCCUUGUGCACCCCCAGGCUGCUCGCUGGUGGGGCAGUGUGAGCAGCACAAAAGGCCUUGACACUGUGUAAGCACUGCUCAGCAGAACGAAAGCGUCAGUGUGUCAUCAAUACUGUUUUCAGCACAAAUCCAGAACGUUGCCCCAUAUAAGCUACUAUGAAGAAAUCUAUUUCUAUCCCAGCCAAAACCAGUACAACAUUUAGAUAGGAAUCAUUCAUAUAUUGAGGUAUCAGUUGCAACCCUUCCGAACAGCUAAGACUGCCAGUCAUACUCCUUUCUCACAAAACAGAAAAUUGAUUUUCAAGUGGAAGAAAGAAUUGGCCUUUCUUUGCAAAUACCCCAGCAAUGACCUAUUUGAAGAGCAUGGCUUCACAAAUGUUCCAGAGUGUCAUUGCAGUUCUUAGAAAGAAAGAUUUGGAAAGACACCUGAGCUCACAAGCUGUGAAGAGGCAUAACUUGACUAAAAUGUGGUUUAUGAAGAUCAUUGAUGAAAGAGAGAAGAAUUUGGAUGACAGGGCGUACCGCAAUAUCCAGGAGCUUGAAAAGUAUGCUGAGAACACUCAGAGUGCUCUCUUGUACCUCACCUUGGAAAUGCUGGGUGUGAGGGACGUCCAUGCUGACCACGCAGCCAGUCACAUUGGGAAAGCGCAAGGCAUAGUUACCUGUUUAAGAGCAACUCCAUAUCACUGUACAAGACAAAAGGUCUUUCUUCCCAUGGACAUUUGUAUGUUGCAUGGAGUUUCACAAGAGGAUUUCAUAAGAGGCAAGCAAGAGAAAAACGUGAGAGAUGUAAUUUAUGACAUUGCCAGCCAGGCCCAUAUUCAUCUAGAACAUGCUAGAUCUUUCAGUAAGAAAGUUCCUGUGAAGGCAUAUCCUGCUUUUUUCUGUACGGUUGCCUUAGAUGAUUAUUUAUGUAAUGUGCGAAAAGUGGACUUCAAUAUAUUUCAUCCAAGCUUACAAAGGAAGAGUACAUUAUUACCAUUGCAUUUAUAUAUUAGAUCUUGGAAAAGAACAUAUUAAAG